GCCUGGCUGGAGGCGCUGCUGUCCUGUCCUGUCCUGUCUUGUCUUGCCUUGCCUUGUACAUAUGCCCUAUCUGGUUCCCACUUCACAUCACGCCUUGCCACCCCGCUGCACCAGACAUGCGUCUUUUGCUCUUCUCCACGCCGCCCACUUGAGUCAAUGUCUUCCCAGGUCGACCAGUCGCCUGUCAUCGCCAUGUCCCGGCCACAGAUCGGUAUCGAUCGCUUACCGACGCGCCGAGUCUCCAACGAGCCGCGCGAGGCCAUGAAUUGCAAGAGUUGUCGCAAAAGAAAGAUCAAGUGCAACCGGACACGGCCGACCUGCGAAGCAUGCCAGGUCUUCAAUUGCGCCUGUAUCUACGAUGCCGUUCCUAAAAAGCGGGGUCCAAAGACAGAUGUGCUCGAAGCUCUCCUCAAGCGUGUGGAUGGCCUGGAAAAGCGCCUCCACACCGAAGGGGGAAGGAGCGAUGCGACCGACGCCGAAGGAGAUGCUUCACCCGUGGGCGAAGAUGCCAUCAUGUCCGAGAUGAUCUCCAGGGCACCCAAUCCAUCAUCGUCUGCUGCCACAGCCUCGGCUUCAGGUUCCCAUGGUCGGCCGACGCUCGAGAUCAAUCCUAAUCCUGCGGCCAGCGCAAAGCAGCUCAUGUCACCGGUGGAACCGAGCUUGCAAACACCCAGCAUCCUACCCGCCGAAUCGCUCUUGGAUACCUAUUUUGCUCGCGUCCACGGGAAACCCUAUUUCAUUCUGGACGAAACUACCACGAGGCAAAACCUCCAAGCAAACCGGCUGCCAUCAUUUCUGGCUCUCGCCAUAUAUGCAGUCAGCGCCAGAUAUACGCCCCAGCUUGGCGGGUAUAAUAACGCAGUCAGAUAUGGCCAUGAUUAUGCAUGCCGCGCUCGCCAGGAGAUCGAUAUAGACGAACCCUCUAUAGAGGCCCUGCAGGCCCUCAUGCUCCUAUCUCAAGCAAGCUUCCAGUUGGGACAGGGCAAGAAGACGUAUAUGCUGUUGACUUCGGCUAUUUCCAUGGUGUUUGCCUUGGAUCUACAUCGCGAACUUCCCCUCGCCCUAAAGGUGUCGCAAGGCGAGCGCGAGGGCCGCCGCCGUCUCUUCUGGUCUUGCUAUCUAAUGGACAAAUUCGCAGCCGCCGGCUCCAAACGCCCUUCGCUUAUCUCGGAUGAGUCCAUUGUACUCCGCUUACCCUCAUGGCAGAUGCACCCUGGAGGGAUGCUUCUCGAAGGCGAUCAUUUUUCUAAUGGCUCCAAUCUGCAGUACAUGGUCGGCGCUGGUAAAGCAGGUCACGGAGGCAUGGGUAUGUUGAUCGGCAUAACGAAGAUCCUGGGUAUAACGAAUCGCUACCUCGCCGCCGGCGGGGUCAAGGGUGAUUCGCAUUUUCCUUGGCACUCACUCUCCAACUUGUCCAAGAUCCGACAGGAACUCGACAUUUGGGCGUCCGAAACCCAGGACACCUUCACCUCGCUCGAAAACCUUUUUGGUCAGCCGGAUAGUACUAUACUGGUUCUCAGCAAGCUGGUCUACCACCUCAUACACUGCCUCAUCUACCGACCCUUUUUACCGGUGGAUCUCGCCGAACUCUCAGGCUCCUCUCAGCACCAAUCAUGGCAGAUUGAAGCGACCAACAUGUGCUUCUUGCACGCCAAUGCCAUCGCCGAAUUGGUGGAAAUAGGAAGAGCCUCCUCCAUCAUCGACUGGCCUGCGUUUGUGGGUUAUUGCGUCUGCACUGCCGGCACCAUCCACGUGCACGGAGCACACUAUCGCGGACGUGAGGGCGAGGUCUUUUCGGUCAGCCCAGAAUUCUUGUCCCGCGAAAUGCAACAGCUCUCCGAUCUGCGCUUCCUGUGGGCAGGGAUCCAGCACCAGCGUGACACUCUGCAGAACGUCUAUGGGCGUCACUCCGAGUUUGUCAAAUCGCUGGGAUCCAACCCCGUGCGCUACUCGCCCGCAUUCCAGCUGGAAGACUUCUUCGAUCGGUAUCCUGGGCAAAAGUUCGACGGUGCUCACGUAACUUUCCAGGAGAUCCAGGUCGAAGGGGUUCACGAAAGUGUCUCAUCAUAUAACAUUGAAAGGCGGAACAACAGCACGUACAUGAACAACACAAUGGCAACUCAAGCAAUGUAUCACCAGCAACCCCCGACACUUCCCUCGACCAGCGCCCAUGGGAGCGGUGGUCCGCCCACAAAGAAACGUCGAGCAACCACUUCCAGUGCAUCUCGACCGCCGGUCCAGCACAUUGCUCCGCCAAUCCCCCCGACACCUACUUCGGCCACCCAUCCUCCCAUAACCAUGGUCGUUGGCCCCACGCAUGAUUCCACGGAGAACCGCCAACCCUCACCAACAUCACUUCGGCCUUUCACGCCACCAUCAGCCAACAGCACCGCUAACAACCUAUUGAACAAUUCCAUGGGCGGUCUCAACCUCCCAUUCUCGCCAAACUUUUCGUUUUCCCCCCUUCCGCAAAUCCCAAGCUUGGCGCCAACACCCACCCCGGCCCACGCACACCCCCAUCAUCCGUCAGCGCCUGCCGCACCAUCUACUCAUCAGACGAAUGAUGGUAAUAAAUCAGCACCAUCAUUCGAUCCCUCCCUGAACAUGCCCACUCCGUAUGACCAUCCGACUCCUGGAGGUGCUAGUACCUCCGGGAGCGUGCAUACGGACCCAGAUAAGGACCCAUUUCUGAGCUUACUGGAACAACUUGCGGAGAAUGAGGUUAGCAGAGGCGGACCCAGUGAGCUCGACUAUUUUCUCAGCGGUCGAAGUGUAUGA